AUGAAUAUGAAAUAUCUACUUAAAUACAGAGUAUCUACUUGUAAUCUUUAGCAAACAAUACACUGAAAUAUCAUAACACUUAAAUUAAAGCUUAUUAUUACUCUCAAUUUUGACGAUAAUUUCACAAGUUUAUCAAAGAAAGAAGUUUGGAAAAUGGCAUACGAACAACAUAUGCGGGGAGACGGCGGAGCAAUAAAGUUCGGCGACGUGUUUGAGAUGUCGGGGGAGAUGGCGGAGCAGCCCAUUUCGCCACGGGAUGCGGCGGCGAUGCGGUCUGCUGAGACUCUGGCUUUUGGGAAGACGAUUAAAGGUGGUCCAGCUUCUAUUAUGAUUCAAGCUGCUGCUAAGAAUGUUCAAGCUGGUCUUGUGGGUCCUGAUGAUGCUUUCUCUUCUAAUCAAACCCUGGUGGAGGGUAACCCGUGGCACGAAUCCCAACCAUCACACGAUCAAAUGGAAUCGGCUAUUUCGGUGGAAGGAAUGGGAUCAGGUGCAACAGGGGUAACUAUGGGAGAAGCACUCGAGGCAGCUGCUGCGGCUGUAGGGGACAAACCUGUCGAUCAAUCUGAUGUUGCUGCAAUACAGGCAGCAGAGAUGAUUGCCACCGGAAUAAAUGGCGGUCUUGGUUCUGGCUUAGGUGCUGAAGCUCAGGUUGCUUCUACUAUCAAUGAACAGCUGAUGUAUGAUGAGGACAAGACCAAGUUAUCUGAUGUCAUUGAGGGAGCGACAAAUAUGUUUACAGAUGACAAGCCAGUAACGAAGCAGGAUGCUGAACUCGUAAAAGCAGCUGAGCUGCGAGGUCAUUUUGAUGGGGCUAGUGGGGCAAGUACGCUCCGCCACCGCGCUGUGAAGCAGUCCACCACUCCUGGUGGUGUCGCGGAGGCAGUGGAGGCUGCGGCUAGGAUUAACGAACCUGACAAAUAAAACGUGUCUUACUCAGGCUACAUAUGCUGGUGUUUUUAACUUUCCAGCUUUUUUUGAGCUUUGUUUCCAAAUGAAGUGUGUAUGUGGUGUAAUGUAGUUAUGUAGAUCUCAUCUUAAACAAGGCAUGACUUUGUGAUUAUGGUUUUCACUAAUUUUCGGUUAAAGUGUGUGUUUAAUCCAAAAACUUCAAUUAUAUAUGAAAUUCCUACCAGGUGCGGGUACUUGGUAAAUGUCGCGUUUGUGUA